AUGAAAUGGCGGCUUUCAAUUUCUCCACAGGAAUGUAUUUUCAACAAAAAAUCCGACAAAACAGCCUUGCGUGUCUUCUGGAAUGGCGAUUUCCGCGUCUAUAACUGCUAUAGGUGUUGCAGUCGGUGGUAUUUCACCUUCAAUGGUGCAGAGUGCUCAACCCCGUCCGCCAUUGAUGGUAUAUUUAUUGUGUGGAAUGAUAAAAAUUUUGUAGGGAAUCCACAUCGCCCACGUCACAUCGAAGGAAUCUGUGAGAAACUACGCAAGGGCCCUGUUCGGGUGGGAUUCUGGGUCGGUAAGUGUGUAGGUACUGGCUACACGGGUGGAGACGCGGCCACAGGCUUUCAUUCAGUGUCCCGGAUCUACGUGGAAGAAGUGUCUCCUCCACAGGCCUGAAGGAGAAGCUUUUUGUCGUUCCAUUCUUUUUCAUUGUUCUAAAUUUCGCAAGGCUGCUAAUGGAUUAAAGGAGCACUACGGUAGAAAUUAAAAAACAAACUUAACUAGAUAAAUAAAAGCUUGAUUUCUUUGUGGCAGCCAAUUACUAACAUUUCUGCGUGUUUGCAAUUAAAGAAACGAGUCCGAACAUAGUUUGCUUCGUUGGGUGAAUUUAUUGUCGUUAAUACCAUUUGUAAAUUGGGAGGUUAUCGAUCAAGUAAUACCAGACACGCAUUUGAAAAAAAUCGUUCUUUUUCUUAGCGUAUCAAAGUCCAACGAACGCCCAGGGAUCAGACUGUGAAGCAAAAAAAUUGUUUCCUAGCUGACAUUGCAAAUCAUAAUCCCGCAGUCUAUUUUUUAAAACUCAAGACAGCAUACCCUAAGCCCAAAAGGCUGAAGGGAACCCAAAGAGUUAACGUAUAGCAUCUAGGGUGCUCAGCACAAAACAAUUGUUGAAAAAAACUACCUGGCGCUGCUAGAAUACACUGUUCUAACACUUUAAGGCUGGAGUAAAACUCAGCUAUCAAGGUAGAAGAAAGCAGUUUAAGGGCGCUCGGGAUUUGAGAGAGUGUCAUUCGCGUGGCUAACCUAACAUUUCCACGAGAAUGAGACGUCCCUCGCACUUGGCACUCUUGGUCCGCAACCACUUGACAUGGUUAGUUGUUCGCAGAAUUUGCAUGAAAAAAUAUAGUUUAUUUCCAAGACUGCAAAGAAAUUCUGUUUUGUUGACCAACAUGGCCGAUGUGACUUCAGCUGUAAACCUGCAAAGAAACUUUAAGCAACGACGACGGCGACGGCAACGAGAACGGAAAAAAAACAAUGGGUUUAGACUGGCAAAAAAACAACUUUGCACUUGCAUCACGCUUUUUUGUACAUUUCUCAGCCGUCGUUGCACGACCACAAUGUGAAAGUGCCUAAUUUCACGUUUUGUCGAGGACUGGAACACAAAACAACAAUUUUGCUUUUCUUUUCCUGAACUUUGAUACAAUCCUUUAGAAUUCAACUCCAAAGAAAUUUGCCAACAUUUGACGAAUUAAACGAGAUGGAAUAAGCGCGAUAAAGUUUGAGGCAGCGCGAAUUCACUUUUUAAGUGACGUUUUCGUAGCCGUCGCCAUCGUCGUUGCUUAAGCUCAUGAAUGAAUGAGUCAAGAACCUUCCACACCCCGUGGGUAAACUUCGCUUUUACUCUCACCUCAUAAAGAUGAGGUCCGAAUUUUUUAACCUACCAAACUUUGAUCCCAAUACAUUAGAUACCACUAUAGUAAAUAAAACAUCGUAGCUUUAUGAAAUAGAACCAUAUUUCAGUUGGCAACAUUCUCUUCAAAACUCGCAAAAACUAGAGUUAUAUACGAUUUUUCUUUUUAACAUGAAUAAGCCACUUUAAAAUAUCUCGCCCCUUACAAGAAAACACCUGAGAGGACUGGUCAAACUAUAGACAAGAAAACCGUGCUCAACAUACCAGUUUGGCUUAAUCUUGCGUUAAACUUGACCAUUUUUCGAGGAACCGGGCCCAGGUUUUAAUCUCGUUACUGUGAGAAAAUCCAACAAAUUGAUGUUGCCUGCAAUCAGCAAGAACAACAACUGAUGGCUUUAUUUGAAUGACCCUAAACUUUACUUAUUUUUGCAAAAGCGUGCCAAAACACUAAGAUCAUGAUUAAAAACUACAUUAAUAAUAGUUUAUCCCCAAAAUUGAACUGACAAGAUGAUAUGAAUUCAAUGAUUUCUUUGUUAAUAAGCUCGGUAAUAAGGAACGAAGCAGUUUUCAUAAUUUUCAUGAUCAAUUCGUUAACGGAUAGUUGCUUACUUUUUUGGAAUUAGAGACUGUACCUUAAUUUAAAAGUUCUCUCAUUUUUUGAGUAUUUGUAGCAGUAAAAAAAUAAGAAAAGGAAUUACGUCUUUGAUUGAUUAUAUCACAAGAAGGGCAAUGUCUGUCGACUCUAUUUAUUUGACUGUAUUUGCCAAUCUCCAUCAUCAGCUUGUGACGGAUUGCAUAAAGGUAUGACACCUAUCUCAUCACUGAAUUAAAUUGCGAAUUCAAACGUUUUCUAAAAGUAAUGAAAGUGAAAAGUGAAAAGUUAUGUCUAUGUUCAUUAUCAAGGCUUACUAAAGUUCUAUUAUCACAGAAGAAAAUGACGUUGUUUCUAUAGAGAUUCUGAAAAGUUUUAUUCAUUUCUUUGUUUUCCAUUUUUCAUAACCUUAGGUUAGUCGGGCGAUGAAACAAAUCACUUCAUGCGCAUCACCUUACUAGAAAAUGAAUCUGUCAAAUUGUCAAAUUUGAGAUAAAGAAUAAUUUUUUCUUCAUAAAUUUCAUGACGCUCUAAUGAGAAGAAUAUCAGGGUGUAUUCACUUCUCGUGACUUUUUUCAUAGUUCUCUUUUGUCGUCUUACUUCUAUAGUCAAUUAUAGAGGUACGAAAAGUGUUAUAGUUGUUACUUUAGUAAAUUCUAUUGGGAAAUUUGUCUCAGAACUUUUAGUUUUAGGCACUAUGCAAAGCGGAGAUGUUAGAGGCGUUGAAUGACAUGGAAACUCGUCCAUUCAUCAUACAAGAGGUUUCCUUAACAAUCUUCGUUUUCUUUCUUUGACCAAUUACCUGAAUAUAUAAUAAAGAAAAAAGGCGCCAAUUCAAUGGUGAAAUGAGAUUCGUUUUAACCAGUUAGAAAGUUUAACUUUCUCUUACAUCAUUCUCCUUUUUCAGCUUUGAACGAGUUCUUUUUCUUGUAACUGUGCAAUCAUAUUAUUGGGUAGUUCAUGGCUCUGUGAUAUCCGUACACGUAAUCUCUUUACUAACGUGUUUUGUAACAUGAUGAGUAUGUUUAGAGUAGAUAAAUAGUUCUUUUAGUAUCGCAGAGAAGCUAAUUCUAAUCUCAUCUCCUCGGAUGACUGUAGCAGCUCUCUAAUUAACUGAUACUGAAUGUAAGUACUGAAUUUGUGUUGUAAUUAAAGUUCGUCCUCAAUUCUUUUGCUGCUCAUGCGACUUAAUAUGCACGACACUGUAUGUUGCUUAGGAUGCACUGACUCAAACAACUGUUAUAUUUAAUCUGUGAACUUUUAACUUCAACGAAAAGGUUUUUGAACUAAACGACUAGUGAGGGGAGCAAAAUUCCUAAACAAUCUCAGGAGUGAACGGUAUGGACAGAAUGAAAUGUUUUAGUUGAAUAUCUAGAGGGAUUUCCAAGUUAUAAACACUAUAACCUACUGACCUUUUAAAGUAAAGACGUAUCGAUUUAUAUCCGCGGAUAGCGGAUAGUUAUUUGUUGGUGUAGGGCAGAACUUUGUGUGUCUCUGCUAUCAUUUUUUGCGAAAAAUCGGAUCCUUGCGAGGGGAUCGGAGGUGAAGCAUCAAAUCUCUCCUAAUUCAGUAUUCAGCAAAUCAUGUUCUGUUGAAUAAAUACAUCUUAAGAGCAAAUGUCUGUAAAAAUCGAGCAAAAUCGAAAUUUCGCGGCCACAGUCAAAAAAUCAUUUUCGCUCAUAUCUUGUCCAUAGAUAGGUAUAAGUAAGAAAUUAAACGUGGUGUAGUUUGUUUUUCAAAAGGCCGCUUGGAUUUGGAGAAAAUCGACAAAAUCAAUUUUCGUGGUCGGCGACUUGAAAACAACCAAAAUUUGAGGCAAAAUGAGGCGGUCUCAAAACUUCGCUCGCACGCAAAAAGGAAGAAAGCGUGGUAAAAUAUUCCCCGAUAAAUCAAUUUAUAAAGGAUUUUAGCCCUAGUAUGGCGGUUAAUUCUUAUCUUCACGAUAAUGUGGAAGGUAAACAAUUUUAUUUUAGUUUUGGUUCUUUUUCAACUCAACGAAGUUUAAAUUUAGGCUUCAAGUCGCGAUUUAAUUUUUAGGCAUGUGCUACACCUUGGUUUUUCCUGAAACUCAAGGCAUAAGUCAUUUAAACAUUGUGCUAAAACAUAUGUAAGAAUUGGCCUGGGUAAUUAAAUUUGUACUUCACACGAACCUUCCGAAGUUGAAUAAAUUUUGCUUGAAAUAUGAGACUUUUCAAGAACGUCGGUUGGUUGUUGCUCGACAAGCCACGAUGGCUGGACUCUCCAAGAGAAACGUAACACACAAUCGCACUUGUAUUAAAGACAUUAAAUGUACUGAGACGAUAAUUUUUGUUACCUCACUGUGUUUUCCCGUUCUGGUUAACUGGCAUUGCGCCUAGUCCCAAGCUAAUCAACAGAAGAUCCAAAACCUCGAGGAAACGUGGUGCGUGAAAAUAACCUCAAACAGAACAUUUCUUGGUAUUGCUGGCCUUUCUUUUCCGCAGUCAAACUUUUACAUCCAUUGCCAUUUAAAAAUUCUAGGUCUCACAAAAACUGCGAUUUUGAUAGUGAAACUUUCGGGCUGCCGAUACACCUUUGGUCAUAAAUGUCUGGUCAAAAGUGUUGCGUGACAGUAUUCACAGGCUUUCCAAUCUAACCAUUUGAGCGAUGCCUUUUUUUAAUGUUCUUGCCGGAAGUAGCAUAUUAUGCUACUAACAAUCCAAAUCAUGUUUUUUUUUUUAAAUUUUUUUCCUAAGUUUUCUUAAAGUAUGCUUCUAUACAAUACUCAAUAAGUCCAAAAAUUAAAUAUAGUUUUUCACGUCAACUUCCCCCCUCUUGCCUUGUAUUUGCCUUUGAUUGACUUCAGGCUUCAAUCUCUAGCUAUUACACCGCGUUAUCAGGCGGCUGUCUUUUCUCUCGCCGAUGUAAGUUCCAUUGUUUUGGAUAACAGUUUUCGUAAACAUUCUGCAAUUAUCUUUCAGUAUUUUUUUCCUGAUCUGAACAUGGUUGUCCGAUCGUCAAACUCUUGUUUCUGUUUAUAUACAGAGGAACCCCGCCUUUUGACCACCCCGUUUAUACGACCACCUCUUGUCUCACCUCCCAUAGUCCUUCGACCCAGACAUGAAAAUCUCCGAGUCAUUUUAUUAUUUUGAAGACCUCUUCAAUGCCACCACCUCGCUAUUACGACCAGGAUUUUAUGGCCCAACGCUGGGGUUCCACUGUAUAUUUUAAUUUCAGUUUUCCACUUUAUAGAACAAAAAACAAAAAGAUGUGCGUCAGCUGGACUAUGGCGAUUAAUGUGAAGAACUAAAAUUUAGGCCCCGCUUAUAUGAAAAAAAUUUGUCUCGAGCAGAAGGGUCACCAGCUUACCCGAGCUUCCCUGGAAGAGGCAACUUUUCACGCAUUUCUUUACAAAACAUGGCGAACCGUUUAAAUGACAAAAAGUUGGCUCGGCUGGAAGGCUGACCCACCUUGUCCAGUCACCCUUUUGCAAUGGUAGGGUCAGCCUCCUAGCCAGGCCAACUUUUCUCCAUAUUAAGCACUUUACGCGCUUUUCGGAAAAUCCACGUGCCCAGUGGAACGGUACAUUCCAGUUGCACCGACCAAACAAAAGCCACCGCGAGUUUGGUUAUAGUGCUUGUAAGCAGGAUACAGAUCAGUGGUCCUGGGGAAAAUAAUUUUGUCAAAUGGAAGGAGACAUUUCGGUCCGACCGUCUAGAUCAAAUCCGAUCCGUAUCGGUAAAGGGCUUGCAUAGCCAAAGCGAGACAAUUAGAGCAUGCCCGAAGGCUGGUUGGGGUCAAUGUCUUUUUUUUUUCUCUCGGCUGGGAGGGUGACUCUCCUACACGAGACAGGUUUUCUCCAUAUAAAGGGGAUCAAAAUUUUCGGAUACGAAAUUGUGAUAGAGAAGGAAUCAGAGAAAAUUUCAAAAUUCUCGAAAAAAAUAAUUUUGAAGCCCUUGUAAUUUCGAUCGAAAAGAAUACUCAAGUUGCCCUUUGGAUGACCGAACAAUUUUUAUAAUUAUAUGGCGCCGCAUGAAACUUAGUAAUUUGGAUAGCAUGAAAGUGUUUUCAAUACAGUUAGGAGGAAACUGACGUUGGGUGCCCCUGUCAACUAUCGCCUAUCGCUUCCACUACUUUCUUUACCCACAAAGUUUUCUUUUCAAUUUUACUCUCGGUCAUUUUGCCAUGUUCUGAGUGUGCGCUUUAGUACCGGUCUUGAGACUGAAACUUGGUGGCUCGUCAGAAAUCCAUGAUCAGAACUCUUGAAAAGAAAGUCUCCGACCAUAACUUUCUCUCUGUCAUCAGUGAGACGGAUAUUGAGGCUGCAUCCGCUUCUGGGCCUGUUUCUCGAAAGUCCUGAUAAUUAACGGGCCCCUAAAGCUGUUCUUGAUUACAUGCAAGAUAGAAAUUUCAAUAGUUUUGCAUCUAACAUGAUAAAACUAUCAGUUAAUGAUUUCGGGCCCGAAAAGUAAUAGGGACUUUGGACAAACGGACCCCUGGGAAACAGUGCCUAAACAGUGUCCUUUUUAACGUGAAUUUGAAGACGCCAGGGCAAAACCCAUUGGUAAACACGUUUGAUUCCAGCUUUCUAGCUUGCUGUAUCUGCGGUAUAUCAUCUUAGUGUCAGGUUUUAAAGCUUGUUUGAGUAGCCGAACAUGCUGUAAGGAGGAAAUUAUCCGAUAUACUUUGAGGUAUCCUUUGGUAAAGGAAUCAGAGAGGAACAGGUCAGCUUUCUAGACCCCAGGUUUCCUUCAUUGUAUAUAUUCAAUACUACAAACUGGAACUCACGCCUUAAGUCUUCACACUCAAGGAGAGGUUUGUAGUCUUGAAAAUAGCGCUACGUCAUCUGCCACUCCAAAAGGCCGCCCUGCCUGGAUAGCAUUUCCCCAAUUACUUUGCAAUAUUUCCUUAGUUGAGUGUGCUAAUGCAAGUUUUUUAAUGCUGGUUAGCCUGUGCAAGCAUUUGAAAAGGGGGGAGACAGGGCUUAGAGCAAAUUGCUUACCGAACAUCCUUGAGUAAGAGUUACAGCGUAACCCUUUCGACGGGUUCUUCUAGCCCCUCAACGACCAUUCCAUGUGAGUCUUAAGAGGUAGUACCAAGAGAGAGUACCUAAGUAAGAUUCAGAGCCACCCUUCCUCAAAAUAUACAUAUGAAAUAGCAUAAUUUUUUCUUUAUUAUGAUUCUUCACUCAAAACAAAAAAAGCUUCCGAGAUCAUUUAUCGAGGUUUUCCAAAGUAAAACCUACUCAGUGUUCGUGUGUACUAGCAGGGCGUAUGAUUUUGAUGUUUUCCAAAUCCCUUAGUCAAUUCUUUUAUCACGCAGGUGUCCGAUAAACUGACCACCACUUUACACUUUUAAAUCAAGCACUGUUGACAGCCAGACUAUGCAACCUUUCAGUUGUUGUAUAAUUGAACAAAUAACUUUGGAAACAUCAAAGAAAUGUAUAAACAAUUUUGUUUUCUGCACAUUCUUAAGUUCGAAAGAUGGUGUUCGUUGUCACGCCACAUCACUCCUUGUCUUCUCACACUUAGGCAAUACUGUGACUCGCUAUAUGUAGUAACUGAUUCUACUAAAUGGUAAGAACAUCUUUCAAAUCGCCGAAAAUGUCUUUAAAACAUAUUUUUCUCGUGAUAUAUUUUGUUCAACCACCUUAAGAAUUUAGAUCAUAACGCUCAUUUGGUUUGAGUGACAUUUUAAUAACCCUGGCCCAUCUCCAAUGACCUUUCAUUAGAGGUCAAAUUACAAAAUGCGUUAGCGCCAGCAGAAUUUGGAGCUUGAGCGUAGAAAAAUUAAAAGAAGUGCCCCGUACUAUAAAGGUAAGUUAAUUUCUUUUUCGUGUUAGCAAAUUUAUUAUCGUACUACUAUCGUACAUCAGAUUUCUUUUCAGGAAACACCAAUGAUCCGUUUCGGCAACAGCGAGGCGUUGUUGAAUUAUGCAAAUGUAUCCUAUUUCACUCAAAAGUUGUUCAAGUUCAGAAGGUUCGUCUGAAGCGCAGAUUAAAUUACCCAACCCAGUUCUCACAUAUGUUUUAGCACAGUGUUUUAAUAACUUAUAGCUUGAGUUUCAGGAAAAACCAAGGUGUAGCACAUGCCUAAAAAUUAAAUCGCGACUUGAAGCCUAAAUUUAAACUUCGUUGAGUUGAAAAAGAACCAAAACUAAAAUAAAAUUGUUUACCUUCCACAUUAUCGUGAAGAUAAGAAUUAACCGCCAUACUAGGGCUAAAAUCCUUUAUAAAUUGAUUUAUCGGGGAAUAUUUUACCACGCUUUCUUCCUUUUUGCGUGCGAGCGAAGUUUUGAGACCGCCUCAUUUUGCCUCAAAUUUUGGUUGUUUUCAAGUCGCCGACCACGAAAAUUGAUUUUGUCGAUUUUCUCCAAAUCCAAGCUGCCUUUUGAAAAACAAACUACACCACGUUUAGUUACUUACUAAUAAGUAUGUAUGAACAAGAUAUGAGCAAAAUUUAAUUUUUGACCGUGGCCGCCGGUUGUUCGAUAUUUACAGACAUUCGCUCUUAAACGCUUAAAGUUAUUAGUGUUUGUCCUGUUUAGUUUUAUUAAAAAAUUCAAUUAAUUGAAAGUAUUUCAUAAACUUACUACAAUUGGUUUCUUUAUACUGAAAUUACUUAAUAUGUAAUUGAGUUUUUUUGUGGGUAAAAAAAUAAGACAAUAUAUUAUAAUAAUUUAUCAAUAUUGCUUUUCAAGAAUUUCAGGAGCCCAAGAGACGCCCAAGACUGCAGUAUGAGGAUACCGCUGUACAUAGCGAUGUAUGCACUGCUGACCUCUUUGUGUUCUGCAAGUAGAAACAGCAGCAACAACAACCCCCCCAAAAAGAAGGUGAAUAUGUGAAUCCAAACGUCUCGCCUUUCUUUCGCCCUCCAAUGACGACAGAUCGCCUAUGUCCUAUUCAAUUACAAUUCCACUCGGGAAAACUUGGCUGGUGGCUAGCGAAUGUAGGAUGGUUAAUCUAAAUAUUCUUCGUCGGAUUUAAAAAACAAACAGCACUAUCUCAGUACAUGUAUACCCCCAAUCUGUAAUACAUGGUAAUACAUUACUGUAUAGGCUACAGUAACAAUAGAUAAACACACGUGGACGAUUUCCUUUUUGGUAUAAGUUAAAGUUACUAGAAAAAGUUUAAUAAUGCGAGUAUCAACUAAUACAUUUUAUACUUCACAAUCAACAGACUUCAUUUGGGUCAUGUGGUCAGAGUGGUUGCUGCUCCGCACCAGGAAUUCCAGGGAUCCCAGGAAGCCCUGGACCCGCGGGUCCGACCGGCAGUCAUGGACCUGAAGGACCCACGGGACCAAGAGGAAACAAAGGUGAUGAAGGAUCUCGUGGAAAGCAAGGCCCAAGGGCGAUCCAGGUCCCCCGGGACCAGCCGGUCCAACAGGAAGCAAAGGUGAACCAGGGGUUCGCGGACUCCAGGGUCCUCAAGGUCCCUAGGGAACUCCAGGAUCCUUGGGACGGAACUGGAAGCAGUGUUUUUUUAAGAGUGUAAAUGAUGACAGGGACUCUGGUUUGAUUAAGGUAAACACUGAACUCCUUCCUAAUAAUAAUUUUAACAUUUUUUUAGUUUCAUGAAUGAAUCAGCUGCAAAAAAUUUCAAACAUCUUGAGAGAACUAGGAAAACAUUUAAAGCGGACACCGCAGUCUAAUUACUACCGGGAUGGCUAAAACACCGCAGCUGUCAUUUUUUACAAAUAAAAUACUCCUACUGUCAACAUCAGUUUCAAAUAGGCGGAAUAAAAAAGUGCAUAAAAACCUAUUUCAACCAAUCAGUUUCAACCUCUAUCCCUGUGUUUGCCUCACUAAUAUUUCUAUUUGUUUUAAUAGGAAUGCGUUUUCAAGAAAACAUUCGACAGUACCGCGCUGCGAGUCUUCUGGAAUGGAGAUUUCCGCAUCUCUAACUGCGAUGAUUGCUGCAACAGGUGGUAUUUUACAUUCAAUGGAGCGGAAUGUGCUAGUCCGGGAGCCAUUGAUGGUAUUGUUUACGUGUCGUUAGGUACUAAAUGGAGAAAGAAUCCACACCGACCACGCCACGUCGAAGGAAUCUGCGAGGAGCUCCACAAGGGGACGGUACGCGUGGGAUUCUGGGUGGGUAAAUGUGCUUCACGAAAACCUGGUGACGCCUACACGGGUUGGAACUCAGUGUCCCGGAUGUACGUGGAAGAAGUACCUCCUCCGCAGGCCUAA